AUGGAAGCGGAGAAGAGAAAGCGAGACGGUGCGGGUGAAUCCAGCUCCAAAAGAAGGAAGGAAAAGAAGGGAGAAAUAACGGUGACGGAUGGCGAGGUGGAGGAGUUCUACGCGAUAUUACGGAGAAUACAUGUCGCGGUAACGUAUUUGAAGAAAGGUAACGGGAAAGGGUUGUUGAAUAACGCGUUUGAGUUGGAAGAUUUUGAGAGAGUUGAUUGCUUUGAACAACGGAGAGGUGGUGAGAAGAGGUUGCAGUUUGAUCUUAAUGUUGAACCUGAUGAUGAAGCUGAGUAG